AUGAGUGGAGAAGAUGACUUCUCUGUGCAGGAGUGCCCUCCGCCUCCAACCCCUUCCGCGCAGUCUACAAAGACACCCCGAAGCAAGGCCGGCUCUACCUCUGCUGGGAGCGAGUCCGGAAAACUCAAGCUUUGCGCCUUCCAUGAUUGCGAUGAGGAUUGCAAGCAAGGUCGCCGUCACUGCUUGAAGCAUAAUCGCCAUCUUGAUAACAUGCGGAACCAGAUCCUCAAGCAAAAGGGGCAAGCUGCUCUAAAGACGUGGACAGAGCGGUGCAAGGAUAUUGAUUUUGCCAACUCUCAGGUGGAAUAUAUGGCAAAGCGAAGUGUGGCCCUCCCGAUGUUCGCCCAUCAGCCUCUCAUCGACUUUGCCCAGUGGGAGCAGGAGUUCGGGGUUCUCGUUACAGAGAAGGAGGGUGAGAUCACCGAGCCGUGUGAAGAGGAGCAGUGGGUGCUUGAGCAAAUUGCGAAGUUUGGUCGAGACAGGCAGAAGAUGCAUCAAGAAUGGCGGCAGAAAUUAGCUGGGCAUUACCGCAGAGACAAUUUCGGCUAUGAAGGCUGCUUGCGCCUGUGGCUACCAUCCAAAGAAUUUGAAGAAAAGGCCAAAACGAAAUUCGCGAAGGGGUCUUCUGUUGAAACAUCCAAGACCAAAAAGGCGCCAAAUGCAUCAGACUUGGAUGCAUUCCGUGCUCACGCUUCAGAAGCAGGUCUGGAUCACGGGCAUGAGUUCUUCCGUGGAGGAGCUCGACCACAUGAUCGCAAGGAUGAAGUUGAAGUUGAGGUUGCUAGUGGUUCAGGUGCUGAGCCUGCAGAAGCUAGUGAGCCCCAAUCAUCUUCAACCAAAGGCCCAGGAAUCAAGAGGAAGGGGGCUUCAUUGACUUUGGAUGCCAGUGAAGAUGAGGGUGAAGAGGAUGCAAAGUCAAAGAAGUCAGGCGGUAAAAAACGCAAAGCUGCCAACCUGGCAAGCCAGCGAGCUGCUUUGUUUGACGCUUUGUCAAGGCAGCUGACGCAGAAGACCCUGGCCAUGACCGCAAAGAUCCAAGAGGCGAAGGCUGCGCAGCAGAAACAGGCGGCAGCGCCCGCUCCAGCCAACCCCACGGAUGUGACAACCCGAGGGCUCUACAACGAGGCGCUCCAGAAAUCCUUGACCUUGGCCACAGCUUGGAACAAUUUGGAUGAUAUCAAGACCCAGCUGGACAAGUACAAUAAGGACCUCGAGGACGCCGGCAAGGGCAGUGAGAAGAUCACUGGCGAUGACGAGACCCGCCAGAAGCAGCACCCAUCUCUGAUUUGGGCAAUUGAGCAGGCUGGUCACACGGUCAUCAUCGAGCGAAAGUUGUGCUUGCGCACCAGGCUGUUCAUGUACAACUUCGUGAAUGAGCUCUCCAGCAAGCAGCCGCAUGAACUGUCUGAAGAGGAUAUGGAGGCAACCCGCCUUCAGUGGAAACGCAUGGUCACAGCUGCUGCGCAGCUGGAAGUGUCAUUGAAGAAGUGUACAAAUGAUGUGACAAAGCAUGUGGCAGGGUUGGCCGCUGCGGCUGAGAGAGAUGAGAAGAGGCGUAAGGAUCGCGAAGCCAAAGAGGCAGAGUCCCGCCACCUUGAGCAGUCCAAAGCAAGGCUCAAGCAAGCUACUGCAGAUGGUUCGGCGUUGGCCGCGUUGUUCAAGCUGAAGCAGGAAGACUUGACGCCCAUGAAGGUUUUGGAAGGGGAUACCAUCCCUGGUGGCCAGAACCUCAGCAUGCCCUUUGUGAUCAAGAAGUGCAGCCACAUUCAGACAUGGAGUGGAAAUCCCGUAGUGUUGCAAACCAUGACGAAUUUUGGGGCGCGGCACAAGAAGUUUCCUCUCUUUGAAACUCAGGGGAAAUUGGCUUCGCCUUUCAUUGCCAAGGCUGGUCGGGAGCCAAGUGAGAAAUGCUUCAUGGACAUCGCGGCUCCUGUCAAAACCAAGAUCAUAGACAUGGAGCCCAUUGCGCCUGGUUGGUCAAGCACUUCAUGGAUGUUUGCCCUGGCCCCUAAGAGGACCUUUGUCAGCCUGAGUCCGAACUCAGCCGCCUUCCUCCGGGUGUUAAUGUACGGGGACGUGGAAAUCUACACGUUGUCUGUGCAGUCCUUCCUGGAUGGGCUGAAGAACGCUAGCGUGGCAGUGCCGAAUACCACAACUGAGUUGGAGGAGAUGAUCUACCAGAUCGAUGCGGAGACGUGGAAGAAGAUGAAGACAGCUCCCUACUAUCAUCUUUUGAAAAAAGAUGAUGUCCUUUUCAUCCCCACCUGUCACAUCCUCAUGGAACGCACCGGAUCAUCAACGAUGAUCUAUGGGGCUCGCAAGUCUUUUGUGAUGGCUGAUGAGAAAUCUGUCGUCAAUUACACCGCGUGCAAGGAAUUGCAGGCGAAAGAUAACAAGAAUGUCGAAAAGAUGACACAAGUGCUUGCUGCUCUGGAGGAGCAUGCAAAGAAGGCUUCGUGA